GAUGAAUUCCAUCCUUUCAUCGAAGCCCUGCUGCCCCACGUCCGGGCCUUCGCCUACACAUGGUUCAACCUGCAGGCCCGCAAGAGGAAGUACUUCAAGAAGCACGAGAAGCGCAUGUCCAAGGAGGAGGAGCGCGCCGUGAAGGACGAGCUGCUCAGCGAGAAGCCGAGGUCAAGCAGAAGUGGGCGUCGCGCCCUCCUGGCCAAGCUGCGCAAGGACAUCCGGCCCCGAGUUCAGGAGGACUUUGUGCUUACGGUGACGGGGAAGAAGCCGCCGUGCUGCGUGCUGUCCAACCCCGACCAGAAGGGCAAGAAGAGGAUCGACUGCCUGCGCCAGGCGGACAAAGUGUGGAGGCUGGACCUGGUCAUGGUGAUUUUAUUCAAAGGGAUUCCCCUUGAAAGUACUGACGAGAGGCUGGUAAAGUCUCCUCAGUUCAACCCCAGCCUGUGCGUGCAGCCGCAUCACAUUGGAGUUUCAGUCAAGGAGCUGGAUCUGUACCUGGCCUACUUCGUGCACACAG